ACUGAUUGGUUAGUAUUAGAAUGUAAAGGUCAAGAAUUACCAAAUGAUAUGACUCUUCAAACCAUUAAAACAAAAAUAUGGAAGUCUAGUGCUGAUAUCGAGUUAAGAUUUAGAAGAAAAUUUGAUCCUUAGUGUAUAUAAUCGUCAUAAAAGUCAAUAAAUUAUGCAAACAUUCGUCUUAUUGGUGUAGCAACGUGACCGCGAUCAUCUGACCCCAUAGUUAACGGAAUUUUUUUGAUCUUUUUUUUCUCUUCUUAAGGUCGAUGAGAAAUUGAAAAAUUCAAAUUGAAACAUACACUGUGAUCAUCGGAGGGAACAAGCAGCAUCAACAUCAACAUGGAAGACAGCGACAACGAUAGAAGCGUAUCACGUUUGUUCAGAAGUUUCAAGACCGUCAAGGAGAUGGUUAGAGACAGAGGAUAUUACAUAUCACAAGAAGAAAUCGAUAUGACCUUGGAAGAAUUCCGGUCAAAGAUAUGUGAUGCUAUGGGAGUUGCACAACGUAAAUUAAUGUGUUUUCAAGCAAAUCCAACGGCUGAAUCAUUAGAAAAAUUCCCUGAAUUAGGAUCUUUAUGGGUUGAAUUUUGUGAUGAAGCUUCAGUAGGUAUUAAAACCAUGAGAAAUUUUUGUAUUCAUAUUAGUGAAAAGAAUUUCCAAACUGGAAUAUUUAUUUAUCAAUCUAAUAUGACUCCAUCAGCUACAAAAUUAAUUCCAACUGUUUCACCUGCUAUAAUUGAAACAUUUCCUGAAAGUAAUUUAAUUGUUAAUAUAACUCAUCAUGAAUUAGUUCCAAAACAUAUUAAAUUAUCAAAGGAUGAAAAGAAACAAUUAUUGGAAAGAUAUAGAUUAAAGGAAUCUCAAUUACCAAGAAUUCAAAGAGAUGAUCCUGUAGCCAGAUACUUGGGAUUAAAAAGAGGUGAAGUUGUUAAAAUCAUUAGAAGAUCAGAAACUUCUGGUCGUUAUGCAUCAUACAGAAUUUGUUUAUGAUUCUUUCUUUCUUUAUAUAUAUAUAUAUAUAUAUUGUAUUAUAGUUAAUUUUUAAAAAAUCCCUAUUUGUUGG